UCCUUACAUCAACACACUCCAACAACUAAAAUUUCAGAAAAAAAUGGGCGUUCACUUACACGUUUAUUUAUAACCGGUUGUGUGUUUAGGAUUUUCGAUACAGUAGAUAUGUACCGGACUCGAGAGAUAUAUGUGUCUUCAUAAACAGUAUAGAGUUCUUUAAAUGUUCGUCGGUGACCAGUUUUGGGGGAAUGACUACUGGCUUAAUGUAGGUCAGCUAUAUACCACGGAGUCUACCUUGACGAGCUGUGUACAUGCAAAAUCUUAAGGAAUGUAAACAAAUGAUGGCGUUAAAUCUUAGCUAGCGGUGCUCCACUUUGAAUUUAUCCAUCGUCUUAAAAACAGGACGUGUACGCUGUUCCAUGCACGUGCAUUAAUCAUAAAUUUUCCGUAAUUCUCCUGAACCAACUGAAGAAAUAUAUCGGGAAAGAACUCAACGUUCAAGUCAUAUAGAGGAAAAACUAAUGACGAUGUGACACUAAAAACCAGAAAAGGAUAUGUUACAACAACAGAAGUUUAAAACGAUCAAUCGAGAAUUUGGAAAAAGCAAUAAGAUGCCACAAAAACAAUUAAUUUGUUAGUAAUAUGGAUGGGGAUUCUUCAAAAUGGACAGUCGUCAGGCAACUUCUUGGGAAAAUUCUUCACCAACAGACGGACGAAUAUAAACCGGAAGUAUAUGUGCGCAUGCUCAGAAACCCUUCCAUCCGGGUGUUUACGCUGCUGAAGAGGAGGCUAAAAAAAUCAGACAAUGUUUGGACGGAAGGCUUUCUUAAUGGUGGAGGGCUCGAAAUGUUGUUGGAGGCGAUUGAUGUCAUCAGUUCACGGAGAGUCACGAAGUUUUCCGAAGCUUUGAGGCUACUAGAAUGCGUCUUAUGCAUAGAGAGAUUGGUGAAUUCCAAGCUUGGGUUAUCGUUCCUGAUACAACAUGACGGUCACAUAAAGAAGCUUGUCAAAGCUUUGGACACAACUGACACGUUGGUCAAGAAGCACGUGUUUGACCUACUUUCUGCUCUGUGUGUGUAUUCCAGGGAGGGAUAUCGACUCACACUUAACGCUCUCGACAGCUACAAGACCCAAAAGAAACAACGAUACCGGUUUAGUUUAAUCGUUAAUGAGCUGAAAUCGGCAGAUGAUAUUCCAUACCGGGCUACACUCCUAGCUGUUGUAAACUGUAUAAUUGUUGCCAAUGAGGAAGUGAAAGACAGAGUUACCGUUCGUAACGAAUUCAUUGGAUUAGGUAUAUUGGACCUAGUCGCCGAUCUACGCAAUAUCGAUGACGAGAAAGUGAUAAUUCAGUGUGAAGUGUUCGACGAUGAAAAACAAUCGGAUGACGAUGAAAUAGUGAAAUUAACUCCAGGCUGUGUUGAUAUCAACAACCACCGAGAAGUCUUCAACGCUGUAUUUCACAAGGUCUACAACACACCGUUGUCCGAUAUUUUUUUGAACGUUCUACAAACUUUAUUACAAUUUGACCCCAAUAACCCAAUCAGUGAUGUUCAGUGGAAUAUAGUGGAAACGUCCGUCAAGCGAGCUUUUCUGAUCGACGAAAAACAGAUAAAGAGGGCCGAGCUCCAAGGCGCAAAACUUGAAGAGCUUCCUCAAUACGUAGGGUCAUCUGAGUCAGCUACGGUAAAAACUGCACAACCUCCACCGCCACCCCCACCACCACCACUUCCCAGUGCAGGACCUCCUCCACCCCCGCCUCCACCGCCACCACUUCCAGGUCAUGGACAACCACCACCUCCGCCACCACCACCACCACCACUUCCAGGCGGGGUACCGCCUCCACCCCCGCCACCAGGUGUGGGCCCUCCCCCGCCUCCCCCACCUCCUGGAAUACAUCCCUCAGUUGUGAAACCACUGGAAGGAUCAGCACCUACGUCACCUAAACCCAAGAUCAAGAUGAAAGUGGUGAACUGGACGAAGGUUCCACCCCGUACUAUAUCUUCUUUUGAAAAUAUAUGGAAAGAAGUGGAAAAGCUGCCAGAGGCUGAAUGCAUCGUUGUAGACUAUGAAACUCUGGAAAAGCUGUUCUGUCGGAAACUGAUCGCUAAAGCACAGAACAAACCGAAAGUGAAGCCACCUAAGGAGAUCUUGCUACUUGAUCCCAAACGGAGUAUGAACACGAACAUAUUCCUCAAACAGUUCAAAGAAUCACACAGUGAAAUUGUCGCCAUGAUCAAGGAGGGGGACAUAGACAAAAUUGGUCCAGAGCGCCUGCGUGGCUUACAGAAAAUACUUCCGGUUGAGGAUGAGGUCGCAAUGCUAAAAGAGUUUGACGGUGAUAAAGAAAAACUUGGCAAUGCCGAGAAGUUUUACGUACAACUUAUCCAAUUACAAGCCUUCGAUACCCGAAUCAACGGCCUGGUCCUAAAGGACGAGUUUAAACAGGAUGUUUCCGCCAUUCGACCAAACAUUGAGUCAGUGGUCAACGCGUGCCAGCAUUUACUGCACAACGAGUCGUUUGAGAUGUUUCUAAGAUACGUUCUGGAGACUGGAAACUUCAUGAAUGCGGGAGGUUACGCUGGCGACGCAAAAGGCUUCAAGAUUAGUUCAUUGAACAAACUGAGAGACACACGAGCAAGCAAUCCCAGGGUCACCCUGCUACAUUACCUCGUGGAGGAGGCGGAGAAAAGGGACAAGGACGCCCUUGCGUUUGUGGGGGAGCUAUACCCUGACCUAAAUAGGGCCUCCAAGUUCACAAUUGAUGCUCUGACAGCAGAAGUGAAGGAUGUUGAGGAUAGUGUUUCAAAACUUGACAAAAACCUUAAAAACUGUCCGGCAGACGUCAAAAACCAACUCAAAAGUUUUUUACAGGAAGCCAAGACCGAGAUAAAGUCACUGAAGAAAGAUUUUAAAACGAUUGAUUCUUGGACGAAAAAAUUAGUUAAAUAUUUUUGUGAGAAUGAGAAAAGUUUCAAGUUGGAUGAAUGUAUUGAAACCCUAAAUACAUUCUGUGAGAAUAUCCAACGGUGUAAAAAGGAAAACGAAGAAAGAAAAGUUCAAGAGGAAAAAGCAGAGCGCAGAAAGAAACAAAAACUAGCAGCAGCCAAAGCCUCUCCGAAACAGCCAACGAGACCUAUAGAACAAGAAGAGGAUAAUAUUUUGGACCGCUUACGUGCUGAAAUUAGACAAGGGAUCAAUCUCCGCAAAACAGCACCCUCAUCAGGCUGAUUUCAACAUUAUGUGCAGAGAGCUGCAUGAUUCAAAAACCGGUUUAUGUUAGCAAAAUACUGAAAAAGCAUGUGAAUAUCUUGUCAAUCAAAGUUGUUUAAUAACUUAUUAAAGCUUUUGAAACGCGUCGAGAGCAUUGA